UCGUGCUGUCGAGGACCGGAUUCGUCAACGCAGGGUCUGAGCAUGCACUGCAUCAGGCCUAUCUACUGCUACCUCCGGCUGUCUGCCCUGCUGGCUUCAUCGGACAAAACAAGUCGCAGGAAGCUGUACCACGUGCACUGCACUGGGACCACCUGACCAGCACGGUAACGUCGACGGAGACAUCGUGGCACCCGGAUAAAAGCAGCAGCCUUUUCGACGUUCCCUUCAGUGGACUUGGAAGCACCUAACGAGCACGGAUGCUGAUCAAAUUUUUUCUGAUCGCACAGCGGCCGUCUCGUGCUACUGAAAAGAGCUUGCGGUAUUGGCGUGAACAGACAGAGUUCAUCACUUGUGCAUGUGCAACACAUUGGCGGAGGCAAUACGAACUGCAUUUCUCACUAGCUGGACAAGUCGGAAUGGCAAUGCACCUUGGAGAACAAGACUCGAAUUGUGAAAGUCUGGUGGUUUCACAGAACUUUGUUUUAUGUCAAGAUGGGCUGACACCAUGUCACCUGAUGCUGUCACUCUCUGAUCGCUUUCAAGAUAUGGGCCCGCUCUUCAAGGCAAAGCGACGAGAACACGGAGUUCAAGAUAUGGUCCACGCGGCGUAUAAUGGUUUGACAUGGAUGGAUAAGGCACUAAAGAGCAGUAUCAGCUUAUAAUGAUCAGAACGUCAUCAGCACACCUGGCGCCGCCGUCUGCAGCAGUCAGUGUUGCUGCGACGCUGCUGUUUAUAUCGGUCAUAUUAACUUCCAUAACACUUUUUUGUUCAAGUACCCUAAAGAGCCCAGGAGGCAUAGGGGUGGGGGAUGUUACGAUUGGCCAGCGGGGAUAGUGACCUUCUGGCUUCACUGCAAUGAAUCGCUUCGUGAAGCCAACAACACGCCCCCUUCGAAUAGCCCUUCGGAGCCAGUAAGGCUAGACACGUUUGGCGGACAGGAUUGUUAGCUGGUUCGCUGUCACCUUCAGGGACCAAUUGGAGCAAGAAAACUCCUGGAAAUGUUUGUUCUAUGGCAUUCCCCCAUGUACUCUGGUAAUAGUCACGGUCAUGACAGAUUCAGCAGCAAACUGCAGAGUCAGCUCAGGAACGACAUGCCAGCUUGAGUCAAGCGUGACAACACCUGUCUAUGAGGCCUCACUGGUUUUGGUGUGUUCAGUAAAACAAAAGUGCAAGAGAGUGUGUGAACCUUCGCCCUCAAAGGCGGGUACUUCGACGACUUUGGACGCUUUGAUUGGAUGAAGGUUGGAUGGCAGCUUUCCCUGGCCUAGGGAUCUAGUAAGGACAGAGAGUGUUUAAGCAGACAUUUUCGGCUGUUCAGUGUGCAUUUCAGUCAUGCUAGACUGAUCAGAUGUAAUGUUCUCCACCCUUCAUGUAGAUAUUGUAAAUAAAUCCCCUACUCCUCAUUCCUCCCUUCAACAACAUCCUUAGCAUGAAUGAGUCGGACGAUGGUAUGGGCCAGGUACCCUUUUCAUGGCAGACACCAUCUCUUACAGGGAUUACAAUGAAAGGAGCAAAACAUACCAAAAGUACACAACUAAACAAGAAAUAUGAAUUGGAACAACAUGAA